UUCAACUGACGGCCACAGAAGCUGAAACCAUCAAACCCUAACAACAAUGGUGUCCGGAUCAGGAAUCUGCGCGAAGGAGGUGGUGGUGGACGCUCGCCACCACAUGCUCGGCCGCUUAUCCUCCAUUCUGGCGAAAGAACUCCUCAACGGCCAGCGAGUAACCGUCGUCCGGUGCGAAGAGAUCUGCCUUUCCGGCGGUCUUGUUCGCCAGAAGAUGAAGUACCUCCGGUUUUUGAGGAAGCGAAUGAACACGAAGCCGUCGCAUGGUCCGAUUCAUUUCCGUGCGCCUUCUAAGAUCCUUUGGCGGACUAUCCGAGGCAUGAUUCCCCACAAGACCAAGCGUGGAGCUGCUGCACUAGCAAGGUUGAAAGUUUAUGAAGGGGUCCCUACACCUUACAACAGGAAGAAGAGAAUGGUCAUUCCUGAUGCUCUUAAGGUAUUGAGGUUAACUGCUGGACACAAGUACUGUUUGCUCGGUCGGCUUUCUUCAGAAGUUGGGUGGAAUCAUUAUGAGACAAUCAAGGAUCUUGAAAAGAAGAGGAAGGAAAAAGCCCAAGUGGUGUACGAAAGAAAGAAGCAGCUUAACAAACUUAGAGCCAAGGCCGAGAAAGCUGCAGAAGAGAAGCUUGGUUCUCAACUUGAAAUCCUUGCACCGGUUACCUACUAAAGGUGUUAAACUUAGUUUCUUGCUAGAAGUUUUGUUUUUUAUCGCGACAAAAACAGGUUAUUUUUAUUAUUUAAGUUUUGCAAUACAUUUGUGUUGAUUUGGUGUUUAUUUUUGUUAUUUCAUGAUUGGUUUUCUAUGAAAGCUCCAAAUGAAGUUUUGCUUA